CAUAUUUUGACUAAUCAAAACUUUUGCUUCAAAAUUAACGAAAUUUAGUUAUGACUGCAAGUGAAGUUCUGAUUUCGGGUCUCUCCGUUUUUGACUUUCACGACAUAACCUGGCGAUAUCUCGGACAAAAGCCGCCAACGAAGAAAUUAUACCGUUACUCGUAUUAUGUAUAUUCACUACUUUUAAAUAUAAUCGUAACGAUUGGCUAUCCCACGCAUCUGAUGAUUGGCCUGAUCAAAAGUGACAGCAAAGCGGAUGUGUUCAAGAAUAUGACAAUCAACUUCACCUGCCUGGCAUGUAGUAUCAAGACAGUGGCUAUUUGGUGGCGUCUAGCGGAGGUACAUAAGAUUUAUGCCAUCAUCUCGAAGCUCGAUAAACACAUAUCACAGCCUGCUGAUUGCCAAUUGUACAAAAUGGUCGCAGUGCGUCGCGCUCAGCGUGUGCUCUACUUUGUACUCGUCAUUGGACUCGGCGCUUCGAUUUCAUCGGAAGUUGCCACCAUAAUUGGUGGUUUUCUGGGCGAUUGGCGUCUCAUGUAUCCGGCAUAUUUUCCCUUCGAUGUAGAGCGUAGCGUCUGGGGUUACGCAACCGCGCAUCUGUACCAGUGUAUUGGUGUAACUGUGCAGAUCUUCCAAAAUCUCAUCAAUGAUACGUUUCCACCCAUGGCACUGGCGAUGUUGGCUGGCCACGUACGUUUGUUGAAUGUGCGUUUGGCACGUGUGGGGCACGAUGCACGCGCCGCCGCGGUGCGCCGACAGGUGCCCAAUGCUCAGUUCUUGCUGUGCGUGGAGGACUACAAAGAUUUGCUAGAGUUUCGUGUUGCAAUUCAACGCAUCUGCUCUCUUGGCACUUUUGUGCAAAUUCUGGUUACCGCCAUCAAUAUGGGUGUGGUCAUUGUUUAUUUAAUCUUCUAUGUUGACGGCAUAUUCACAUAUAUCUACUAUAUAGUAUUCUUGAUUGCAAUGCCAUUGGAGGUGUUUCCGCUGUGCUACUACGGCACUUGCAUGCAGUUGGAGUUCGAGCAGCUGACCUACGCCAUAUUUUCCUGCAACUGGAUGGAUCAGAGUGUAGCGUUCAAGAAGAAUCUACUCAUCUUCGCGGAGCAAUCGUUGCGUGAGCAAAUCGUCAUUGCCGGUGGCAUGUUUGCCGUUAAUUUAGGUACUUUCUUUGCGACUUUGAAGUUUGCAUACUCUCUCUUUACAAUCGUGGUACAAAUGAAAUAGGAGCGAAGAAAGCAAAGUUUGUGUAUUUAGAAGUUGUUUAUUGUCAAAAUAUACUUUAUUCUAUAGCUA